CAGAGACAGCCCAACCAAUGCUCACAACACCAACCUGGACUUAACGUGCAAACACUGGAGACAAAGCUUGAACAGCAGCCCUGGAUAACAAUUGCAGAUGUCAUGUGACCGCAAGAUUGACGAUCAGCUGCGGCGCCGAUAACCACUUCCGAUAGACAGCGCUGCGCUUUCUCCUUGUCUUCUUCUUCCUCCGCAACAUCCCAGCUUUCCUGCAUUGAACAGACUCCCACCCACCAUGUCUGUAACACUCCACACCACGCACGGCGACCUCAAAGUCGAACUCUUCUGCGAAGCCGUCCCCAAAACCGCAGAGAACUUCCUCGCUCUCAGCGCCAGCGGCGCCUACAACAACACCCCUUUCCACCGGUACAUCCCCGGGUUCAUGAUCCAAGGCGGCGACAUCUCCCUCACCUCCACGCCCAUCAACCCAGAGACUCAAAAACCCCCUCUGCCCAUCGACGGGCCCAUCCCGAAAGGCGGCACCUCGAUCCACCACCCCUACGCCCUGAACCAGGAGAUCCACCUGCCCGCUCUGAAGCACCACACGCGGGGGAUUCUGUCGAUGGCGGCGCGGCCGGUCAAAGACCGCACGGCGCCGGGGGCGCAGGGCGCGACGGGGCCGACGAUCAACGGGAGUCAGUUUUUCAUUACGUUUGCGGCGGCGCCGCAUCUGGACGGGGCGAGUACGGUGUUUGGGAAGGUGUUGAAUCUGACGGCGCAGGAUGAGGGCGGGGAUGUUUUGGGGAGAUUGGAGGGGGCGAAGGUGAAGGUGGAUAAGAAGGGGAGGGUGGUGCAGCCGAGCCCGCAAGAGGAGAAGAAGGGGGAGUGGGAGAGGGUGGGGAUUGAGAGGGUGACGGUGCAUGCCAAUCCUUUUGCGGGGUAAUCUGUCUGGGGAUUCGUGUGCUUUUGGUUGAGAUACGGAGUAGAGUUAGUGUUGAUGUUGAAGGUGAGAUGUGCUUGUGGUUAGGAGGCCUUGGGGUUUUCUCGGGGGCCUAGGCAGGGGGGCUGCGCUUCGUGGCAGAGAGCUUUCAAAGCUCGGGUCGAGCUCAGCAAGUCCCCCCCUCCCCUCUACCUGCCGGUGAGAGCGUGGUGAUUUCGAGCUUUGAGAUCGCCGCUCCCGAGCAGGUGAUGCCGUCGAU